AUGUCGUCUCUAACGCUCGAAGCUGCAUGUGAGCGCUUCACGUCGGUAAUCAGAAAUAGUGUGUGGGAUCAACUCCUGGAUAAGUGUCUUGGGAGAGGCCUUGCGGACAGGUUGCACAUAACGCGACUUGAGAAAGCGCAUGAGCUUUCAGCUAGGGCGUGGGAAACGGCUAUAGCGGAGAUGGGCACUUCAGCAUCCAGUAUUAAUGAUGAUCCGCAGUCAUCAAACGUGCCGACGCGACGCAGCCACAGGAAAAUUUGCACGUCUGCUGAGGAAGAAUGGGAUAUGUUUAUUGGAGAGCUAGAGGAGAAUAGGUCGCUUAACGAUAGGCCGUCAGACGAUGAAGAGGAAGAAGUGGAAGGGGGAAAUAGAACUGGGAAACUGGGUGACGGUGACAGGGAUGAUGGCAAUAAGAAAGCAACUAGACAAAAAGGUUUGCAUCUACCCCAACAUUGUCACGACCAAAUCCCUAAGCAGUCCUGGUAUUUCAUAGGUCGCUCUGGCGCCUCCUAUCCGAUGGCAGGAAUCGGCCGGUAUCAUCACGCAAAAGACGCCCAAAAAGAAUGGACGGAAGAACUUAUUCUUCACAAGUUAUCGUUCAUAACUCCGUUCGUCAAAUCGAAUGUUGACAGAUUAGCAGGCUAUCCUGGGUGGCACAGUUUAUAUUCAACACCUGGAAAUGAUCGAUUGGCAGAAAAGAAACCAAAAUCAUGCAGUGGGUUUAUCAUGAAGAAGACAGAAGGUAUUCCUGCGAGAGGAUUCUCCAAUUUGAGCACUGUAAAGUCUUCUCUGAGCUUCGCAGUUGAUGUAUAUAAGACCACUGGUUAUGAGCUGCCACUGUCACCUUCCUUGAUUGAAAGCGAAGAGCCAUGCGUUCCUGGACCUGCUCGGCCCCCGAUCCGGAAGUUACCAGUUUUUUUCAUGGAGGAUGAUGAUAAUGCUGAAUGUGCUGUCGAGUCUUGCGAUCCGUUUUCUCUAGAAGAAAGGACAAAUUUCCAGGACUUGGUUCCCGACAACGACUUGGAACAAUCAAAAGUUGUUUCGAAGGGCAAAGAAAAACAGGUUGACAUCUCACAAUACAGUGAGGAUGUUGAUGUGCCACCUUCAUUCCUUUUGACACAUGAGAAGGAGGAUCGCAGAGACCGAAUACCAACUUGGCAAAGGUCAAUUUGCACGAUCGUCAAGCAGCCCAAGCCCGUCAAAUUCGAUUUGAAAAAGGCGAUAAGACUAAGGCCCUGGAAGGUGCACUGGAAAAUACGCCGCUAUUUUGAAGCUAUAGAAGCGAAGAAAAAAGAUACACCGGGGGACCAAAUUGUGGCAGCAACAUAUGCUGCGACUCGCCGUCGCGAGCAGUAUGACGCAUGGGAUUAA